AGAUAUAUAUGUUUGAUUUACAGUAAUAACUUCGACGGAGAAGUAACUCGUUUCAUUCCCUCCGCCACCGUCCACGGCGGCGAAGAAGAUAACAGCAUCACCGAUAACAUCCCCGCUUACGAAUCGUCGCAACUCGUUAUCUAAGAUAAUAGAAGGAAGAUGACUCCUGUUUCAUCUAAGCUUUAUACAGAUGAUGUGAGUCUUUUAGUGGUACUAAUCGACACGAACCCGUUCUUUUGGAACUCCGUCAAAUCCAAUCUACCUUUCUCCAAGUUCAUCUCCCAUGUGCUUGCAUUUUUAAAUUCAAUACUUUUAGUAAACCAGCAAAACCAGGUGGUUGUGCUCGCUACCGGUCACAAUUCCUGCGACUACGUUUUUGACUCGUCGGUUGCACAAAGCCAAAACCAACGGGCGGAGCAUUUGCUUCAGAAAUUGGAGGAAUUUGUGGAUAAGGACGAGUCACUAUGCCGCGAGGAGUCGGUAGAUGGGCAGGGGUUCUCGCUUCUCUCCGGCUCCCUUUCGAUGGCCCUAUGUUAUAUACAGAGGGUUUUCCGAUCAGGGCCGCUACAUCCUCAUCCUCGGAUAUUAUGCUUACACGGAUCUCCAGACGGACCUGGACAAUAUGUUGCAAUCAUGAACUCAAUUUUCUCCGCUCAACGCUCAAUGGUCCCUAUAGAUGCAUGCGUUAUAGGAACUCAACAUUCGGCUUUCCUGCAGCAGGCUUCUUACAUAACUGGUGGCGUCUAUCUGAAGCCUCAACUAUUGGAUGGAUUGUUUCAGUAUCUUUCGACAGUUUUUGCUACGGAUUUGCAUUCUCGUGCCUUCUUACAACUUCCUAAGCCUGCAGGAGUGGAUUUCCGUGCCUCGUGUUUUUGCCACAAAAACACAAUAGAUAUGGGCUACAUAUGUUCUGUUUGUCUAUCGAUUUUCUGCAAGCAUCAGAAGAAGUGCUCUACGUGCGGAUCAGUUUUUGGUCAGGCCCAAGCACAGGACUCGUCGACACCACCGAACCCGAACCCGAAGAGGAAAACACCAAUGGAUGCUUAGAUUCACUGUCACUAGUUCUAAAUGAUUUGGCUGUUUAAAUCUAAUUUAACCCACAAGUUAAUUAAGGAUGUAAACAGCAAAAAAAGCGAAGCCAUUAUCUCUGGAAAAUGACAAUUAUCUUUUAAUUUGAAUUCAGAAUAUUUUUGGUUUUUAA